GGAGAAUUGCCGCGGUGCGGAAAAUAACAACUGGAUCGUCUUCGGGCACUGGAACGUCAUGUACUGCAGUGCGAAAUGUUACGAAGACACCCGGCUGACCGUGUCGCGUGCGGAAGGCAGGGCGCAGUGCUGGCGGUACGAAAGAGGCGUUUGUCAGGCUUGUAGGUUAGACACGGAAAAGUUGCGCGAAGCCUUGGUUCGCAAAUUCCGUCCGAUGGCUACGUUGACCGAUUUGAGUUAUCGAAAGCAAAAAUCCCCCCUCCCCAUAUCAAAACGAAAUUUCCGAUGCUGGAUUUGUGUACACAAAUCCGCGCUGUCUUGCUGGAGAGCAAUUCAGCCCCAUGCCAAGUGUGAGUAGAGAGGUUUUGCUGGCCUGGGCACUUAGCAUGAAAAACAUCCGCGCUGUAGGCCCAACAGCAUGGCAAACCGCCUGCACAAUGCGGCGGUUGUCUGUGGAGUUGCCUUCUUGCAAGACAGACACGAUUUCUGGCCACAAAUCAGCAUCACAAAUUUCCAAAAUGGGGAGGGGGAAUUUUUCCUUUUGAUAUGAGUCGCACCUUCACCGCGGAGGGGCUGUUACAGGGGUGUGUGGACGAGAACGUGGACGAAAUAAACAAGGGCAGUGUAUUAUCAAAAGUAAAAAUGUCUGGGUCUGGAAACUUGUGAUGCUGGGUGGCGUCUCAUGAUGAGGCUACAAAUGCUGGCUCAGCAUGACAAGUUUCUGAGCUCCUAGGUGUUGCCUAUUCUGCAUGACAAACUGCGCUUCUGCAUCACAGAAAAACGGAGCUCUUGAGUAACGUGCAUGACAGAUUUAAGAGGCGUACCAGACAAGCAAAACAAACGUGAAUUCUUCCAGACCCAGACAUUUUUACAUUUGAUAUGUAUUUUUCGCGGAUGACGGAGGUGGAGAUGACAAGUUGGAUGAACCAGCAGGAGAAACAGGUGAUAAAAGCGACGUUGACGAAAUACAGCUAGAUGAAAUGGCAACAAAAGCAAAACCAAGAGAAAACGAGACGGAAGCGGAGAGACUGCAACGGGAGUUGGAUGAGGAGCUGGGAUUAGGCGGCAAGGAUGAUCUUCAGCGCAACGCGAAGAACGACAUCAACUCUUCCGCCAGCGGCGCUGCAUCAAGCUCUUCCUCUGCUGCGAUAGUACAACAUAACGGCGGAAACAAGCGCGCUGCCGGUGGUACAAACAACAGCAAGGCAAGGCCGAAGAAGAAGCCGAGGCACUUCAAGAAAAAGACGAAUCGGGCCGCGAAAAUAAAUCCGCAUGAUUUCUACUGGGAUUUAGAGAACGAUGAUGCGGAUCAAUAUUUCGAAAAGCCCGUACCGGAGGCAUGGAACUACAAUUUGAGCACGAUAUCGCAGCACGAAAAAAGUGUCACAGUUACACAAUUGUUGUGAAUUCAGCAACACAAAUUUUUUCUGCAUGAGAGAAAAAGUUUGCAAUGCAGAGAACAUAAGGGAAAACACGUUUUGAAAUGAGGCUCGCAAGCAUUUUGCGCAUGACAGAGCGUGUCUCUGUUACUUGGUUUGCAGCACUAUGUAUAACUGUAACACUUUUUUCUUUCCAUACACGAAGCAAUGGCGACAUUACCUAACCGAGGUCAUCACCGGCCGUGCGCAUCGGUCCGGACUGCUAAAUCCCCUGUGGCAGGCGGACCACGUUUUAGGGGUGAUGUUUGGGGGCGGACAGUGCAAGAAGGACAAUUUCCAGACCCUCUGCAUCUCCUGCCACUAUCAAAUGCAAAAGUGUCUGGGUCUGGAAGACCGCAGAAGUUUGUCAUGCUGUUUUUCCGUGACACGAAAGUUCUGGCAUGGAGGCCCUAGCACCACAGGUCUUGAGAAGUAGGCAUCUCAAUGCCUAAUCCGCAUGACAAGUCCCCUCUUUCGGUGACACAAAGUGGGCCACUUUUGCUGUCCGCGCAUGACAGAUUCUCGUGUGGUUUGAAAUGCGCAUGACAAGUUCGCAUCCUUCCAGACCCAGACAUAUUUGCAAUGCAUAGCCACGCCAAGAAAACGAAAGAGGAGCAGGCUUUGAGGAAAGAACAGAAUCUAGCCAAGAAAAAAAAGGCUAUCAAAAGUAAAAAUGUCUAGGUUUGGAAGAAUGCGCGAUUUGUCAUGCAGCUUUUCCAUGACCCAUGAGGUCUGGAAUGCGAGACCCAGCAUGACAGAUUCUGUGCGACCUUUCUCAUGCCUAUCCUGCAUGAGAAACUGCCUCCCGACUUGGUCAAAACUGGACGACUUUUGGUAAUCAUGCAACACAGAUUUUUGCAUGCUGCAGAUUUAUCAUGACAGGUUGCAUUCUUCCAGACCCAGACAUUUUUACACUUGAUAAAGGCGGAAGAGGAACGACGGGAAAAAAAGCGAGAAGAAAAAUUGCGUAUCAAAUGCGAAUUUAUAUGUCUGGGUUUGGAAGAGUCGGAGUUUGUAAUGCUAAAUCUGAUCGACGCAAUUUUGUGUACUGUUGCAUGACCAGGAAAACAAGAAGCUUGUCAAAACUUGUUAAGAUGCUAGGGCCCGUACUAUUCCAAAUCUUCCUGGCCGUGUGCAACCUGCAUGUCAAACCCCGUUCUCUUCCAGACCCGCGGACGUAUUUGCAAUUGAUAAUGCGGGAGAAGGAACAAAAGCUAGAGAUCGGCGGAAAAAGAGCGGACGAGGGCAUGGAUAGUGCUAGUGCAGCUCCUGUGUUAGUUCAACACGAAUUGAAAAACGUCCCCACCACGACAACGUCGACCACUACGAAGCGCGGCCGCGGUAAGAAAGGCAAAGGGCCGCCGGCGAAAGUGAAAAAAGAAGAACUGGCACAGCAACUACAUCAACCAGAACGGAACCAGAAAGAGCAACAUGAUUCCCGCGGACACCACCUGCAGCAGCUUCAGCACGACGAUACCAGCGUUUUUGGCAGGUUUUUGAUGGAACAGCAGAAAAAAGAGGCGGACGAAGCACGGGCUGGAACAAGCGGUUUUAUUUGCCGUGCGGAUGAUGAAGAUGACGCAGCUGCUUCUGCUUCGGUGCAUGAGUAUAAUGAUAAUCUUCAACAUCAUGAGCCGGCAACUCAUCAGGGAAGCAGUUUAGUACGACCUGCUCAGGGCAGCUACCAAGUAAAGAGCAGCAGUAGCAGCAGCAGCAGCAGUUUUGUCGUAGAUCCUGCAGCUUCCGCCAGACCAGGAAGUCCUGCGGCGCUAGAAAGAAAUCCGAACGUCGUGGUACCGCCAACGAUGAACAAGCGGAAACGCGAUGAAAGACCGGAAGAUGGUGUUUUGCAUGGAGCAGAAAAUCACGGUCAGGAGGAGCGGAAGCAAAAGCGAGAACAAGCAGCAGGAGUACAGCGAUCUUCUUCGAAGCAGGGACGAGAUCGUGAGCCUCCUGGAAAAAUAAAAGUGGACGCGAGGAAAAACGACGAUGGUUCUACUUUUCCAAGUCAACCGUCAAAUCCAGAUAGCAUUUUCGACCGCUUUCGGAAGUCUACUAAGUCGAACACACCCCCCGAGCAGGAGCGAGCCGCUGAUGUGUUGCGUCAAGGCACCAACAAGAAGCUGUCGGCAGCUGCUGGUGCUGCUAAGGCGAGUAAAGCGACCACAAGACCGUCGCGUAUAGAAGUCGCCGAAGACCCCGAAGCAGUUCCAGUUCUUAUUAGGGUGCAAAACUUCCCCUCCUCGUCCUCAUUUGUAGUAUGGCAUGAACAUCAGCAGCAGAUGAAAAUGUAAAAACCAGCUUUCGCACGACAUUGUAGUGCUGUGUGGGCGAGGACCAAAAUCUGUCAACAUGCAAUCAGUGCCAAGAGAUAGCAUAGAUAGUGGGUCAACGUCAAGUAGGUAUUUUGCAUGACAAAUUAGGGGGAGGGAAAGUCCUCGUGCACCGCCAUAGCUCCGUCCACCCGUCGACGAGGUGCUGGGAAAAAAACAACGUCCGAACAAGCGGGACGACCUUCUCACGGCCGUGGUUUACAUGUGAAACAGGACGAAGAACACGAGGUGAUUGACUUGAUCUCCUCGUCCUCCGACUCUGAUAACAUCAUCGUUAUGAGCGAUAUCCAUUGCAAAAGUAUCAGUAUCGUACUAUUACAAAUUGCAUGACAAAUUUGGUCAAAACGAGAAACGCAAUCUGUCAUGCAGAUUUAGGUUGGGAUGAGCCACACGUGUCAUGCGUGGCUGCGAUCAGUUGUACGAGUGCGGUACUUUUGCAGUGGAUAAGCGACAGUGAGUAAAAACAAGUCCUGCAGCAGCUUCUUGUGAAACACGACCCAAGGGUUGCAGUUACAGUGCACGCGCUUCCCGAAUUCCAUGCAGUACUAUCCCUCUGAGAAAAU